AUGAAUUCAGGUGAUUUGUCCGAAGGAGAGAUGAUGGGCUACAGAUUCGCGCCCGUCGAUGCCCCUGCUAUCUCUCCUUUGGAGAGCUUACGCGAAAGCCCCUCAGCUUCUCCCAGAACACGAAUGUCGAGCUUUCUUGGCCCAAGAGGGCCCAGCACCACAACACGUCCGAGGGAGAGAAGACCUCCUCCAAAGCUGGAUCAGACCAGUGGCGAAUCAAAAGCUGCCACCAUGGACACGGAGUUCUGCUUGGAAGGGGAUCUGGUUUGGUUGAAGAUCGAGGACGUCUUAUUCCGCGUCCCACAGUACCAGCUCGUCCGGCACUCGGAAACGUUGGAAGACAUGUUCAACGUCCCACAAGGGGAUGGAGUCGACGCUCCGGUUGAAGGACGGUUGAAGGAGAACCCUAUCUGUUUCGAAGGCAUCAGCGCAAACGACUUUCGCAACUUCCUUAGGCCUCUCUUCCCAUUUUACUCCUGGCGAAGCACCGAGUUGAGCACCGUAGAGUGGCUCUCCAUCCUUAAGCUCUCCACGAUGUGGUACUGCCUCGCACUACGUCAGUCCGCUGUCGACGCCCUCGGCCCGCUGCUCGAUGACCCAAUGCAGAAAAUUCUUCUCGGGCGCGAGUACUUCGUGGUACAGUGGGUGCAAGACGGAUACCGCGCGCUGGUCCUGCGCCACGAAACCAUCAGCGACGAGGAGAUCACAGAGGAGGGCUUGGGCUACCCGGCUGGGACGAAGCUCCUUCGGAUGAGAGAGCAGUAUUGGAGAAGCAAUUCCGAGCGGGGGACGGCGUGGUUGAAGACGACGGCGUCGAUAGAUGAGCAUAUCAAGCACGUCUUCAAAGUGGAGCUUGAUGGCAUUCGUAUGGCGCAGACAGGAUAUGUGAUACCUUGCGGCUCCGCACCCAUUCCAAUUGUUCAAGUGGCGGCGCGGGUAUAG